UCACCUUUAGCAGAGCAGCAGCUGGUCCCGAGCUUGAAAGCGGGAGAGGGAAGUGGGGCUGGACGGCAAAAAGGAGCAGAGAAAAGUGACUGGAAUGAUAAGAUGAGAAGCAGGCAUGUGCUGCUGAAGCUCUCCCCUAAUGAGGCCCUUCUGGAACUCCUGCUGGUGUUGUUGCUGGGGUUGCAUGUCCUAGCCGUGUGCCCCUCCAUGUGCUCCUGCACCAACAGCCACAGGGAAGUAGAUUGCUCAUGGAGGGGUCUGAGGCAGUUGCCCGACGGCCUACAGCACAACAUGCGCUCCCUCAAUUUGUCCCACAACCGACUUCACAACCUGGACGACCAGCUCACCUCACACACCCAUCUCCGCCUCCUCGAUUUGUCUCACAACCGUCUGAGCCACCUGCCCGCCGGCCUACCUCGGUCCCUCUGGCAGCUCUAUGCCGCCUCCAACCGCAUCCAGGUGCUGGACAAGAAUGAUACAGUCCACCAGUGGAAUCUGCGACUGCUUGACCUCUCUGACAACAAGCUGGAACGGGCCAUCUUCAUUAACAAUACCUUGAUCAAUCUGUGCACGCUCAACCUAAGCAACAAUCACUUCUGGACUUUGCCCACCAACAUGCCUGUGCACCUGGAGAAUAUUGACCUGUCCCACAACUUGCUUGUGAAGGUGCUGCCAGGCUCCCUGGACCGACUCCACAGAUUAACUCACUUCUAUCUGCAUGCAAACCGCUUUUCCACACUGCCGCUUAGAGUUUUGGAUAAGCUGACAUCACUUAGAGUCAUCACUCUGGGAGACAACCCUUGGGCCUGUCAUCUUUAUGCCGACAUCACCUACUUACUCUCCUGGACUCAGCACACCCCUGCCCGUGUCCUGGGCUGCCCCUGCCACACCCAUCCAGUCUGUGGAGGGGUGCGCCCUGGCAUGACUGGAGGGUGGCACUUUGCCUCCUACAACCUGCCCCCUCUUGCAGCAAGUGCCCAGGACCUGAGCUCCAUGCCCCCUGAGGCCGGUGUCACUGAAUGGUGGUACGUGUCUGUUUCUGCUCUGCAAAGCACCCCACACACACCAAAAGAGACCUUAAACACACAACACCACCCUUUCCCCGCCACACCUAUCUCCACCCUGAGACCCAGAAACACAGGCACACACCAAACUGUUAAUCGCCUCUCUGCAUCUGCAAGCUCAGCUGCAGCAGAGCACAUGCUGCACACUGAUUCCCAUCUCAUCUCGGGCACAAAGGAAGACUCACCCGCUGACUUGCUCCACGCCACCGACACAUCCUCUUUUUCUGACACAAGCUUCAUUACUGAAACACCCAUCAGGGCUGACAUGACGCUGGCCACAGACCGAUUCUUUACAACAGAGAGCCCUUCCAUCCAAACAAAGACUCUUCGCACCAGGAGUGUGAGGAAGAAGAAUCAGUCCCUUCCAAACGGCAUCAGCAACAGUGGCCCCACUAUCGCUACCUGUUCAUCUUUCUCUUUCCUACACAACCUGGUGCUUUUGUCUGUCAUUCUGCAACAAGUCCUCUGAAAGACAAAAACACAGACACUUAGGAAUUUACAGCACAAACAAAAACAGCACAAAAUAGACUGUUUUAGCACUGUCAUGUUUGCCAGCUUUCUCUUUAAUAGGCCAUUUACAGGACAAUACAAACGCUUUACGACAAGUUUAACAAUCCCUGCUAUUCUGGAUAUGGAAUGAUGCUACUUUUAUUUAAAAAAAAAAAAAAAAAAAAGGCCCACAAAAAACAUUGCUCAGUCUUUUCUAGUAGCACUUUUUACAAGCCUCCACUUGAAUGAAAAAAUAACAUUGUAAUGAAUAUAGCUAAGCACAUGAUGGCACUAUGCAUUCAGGUACCAGUUUAUUAUGUAACUGGAUGUAGCCCGGUGCUCAUCUGCCAAUACAUCUUUCCCAUUUCAAUGCUGUUUAGCACAUUAUGACCUAAAAUUAUGUCUUUUCAUUUUCUUCCAAUUAAAAAAAUAUAUAUAUAUUGACAAGAUUUGGCUGCAGUGCAAGGAAUUUGGUCAUAUCUUUGAUUUGAUUUUGUCUUAAAAAAGGUUUGACAUUCAAAGGUUUUGAUUUAUUUAUUUUGACUCUUGAAUAGAUGUCUUUAAUGUCAGCUUUCUUUUUGUAUGUAACAAAUCUGAUCACAGACCAGAGGAGGACAGGACUUGUGAAGGUACCUGGUCAUAAUAGGUAACAACAGAGUGGAGGGGAAACAAAUGGGCAAUGUUGCAUCACUAUACUUAACAAACUCUGAGUGCUAAGAACUGCUUCUGCAUUUUGAUCACAUCUCAAACUUAAGUGUCCUUCAUGAUUCAGCGACGCUCAUGAAAAUGAUCUGCAUGGUGAUUGAACGUUCCAGGAAUGCUAACCUACUGCUAUAUUGCCGCAGAGCAUUAAGGCAGAGACAUUCUGAGCUCAUUUUUUUGAAAUGUUAAGAUAUUCCAAUCUCAAUUGCAUUAAGUGUAGAUAAGUGAUGUGACAGCCUACGGGUUUUUACAUUUUAGAAAUAUCUUUGCAUAUGGUACCGAAAGGUGCCAAAAUAGUAAUAACUGCAUCACAGCAAGCUGCAUUUGAUAAAUGUAGGAAGGAAUCAGUGCCAGGGAAUAUCUUCUCCAGGGUGAUUUCUUAAAAGUUAAAUAAAAUGUGCUGAGAUA